AAAAAAAAAAUCAAAAAGGAACUUAAUUUCUUUCUUUUCUUUUGUUUUUUGUUAUUAUUUCUCUGGCAUAUGGAAUGUGUUCUUGCUUUUCUUCCUAGAAAAACAACAGCACAUCAUCUCGCCUUGACUCGGCUCGAGAAUUACAAUUUACACAAAAGUUGGUAGUGCCCACAGACAAAAUAGAUACUAAAAGGGUUAGUCUGUGCAUAUACGAUUGAGGUCUAUGGCAAAGGAUCUUCCAACCUGCGCGAUUUGUGGGGCGGUAGGAAGAUAAAUUAGGAAGGAUUUUUUUAAAAAUUGCUUAAAAAAGAAAAAAAAAACUAAAAAUCAUGGCAGGAGCACAAAACAGUAGUGACUGCAUGAAGGCGGAAAGGGAAUUGAGUAAUAAUUCGGCGUGCGAUAGUAGUUUGCAUGCUUAUGAUUCGGAUAGAAAUGAUCCAUUUGGAAGUGAUAGUACCCAUGGAACAGCUCGAUAUGUUGGUGUUGGAAGUAGUUCGGCGGAUUUGAGUGAAGUUGAGGCUGCAUUGGGCGUUUCUGGUAGCCAAAGUAGCAAAUUUGACUUUCAAACUAUGAAAGCUGCAAAUAAUCAGAAAUCCUCUCGAACAGAUAUGCCUCGGAGUGAGUUAAUCAAAAUGCUCGUCUACCUCGAAGGAGAGCUACAAGCUCGAGAAGUUGUGAUAGCAGCAUUGCGAAACGAACGAGUCAAACACUUUAUAACUCAUCUUCGUUCCAAUCCUAUUCAACACAGUGAUCCGCAUGCAGCAUUGUUUCGUGAUAAGAUAGCUUUGGGUGGUAAUUUGAUUAGUCGGCAAUCUUCGACGGCAGCUGUACAAGCUGACAUGGAAGUUCGUGUUAUAAUUGAACAGCAAAUGGAAUCGCUGUAUCAAAUGGUGCAUAAGCAACGCGCCACGCAUGUUCGCAUGGUUAGCAUAUUGACUGAUUCGUUGGAUAAUAAUCAGCGAAUGUUGCAAGAAUUGGAAGAGGAGAAGAGGAAACAUGAGCAUGAUACAGCUCAGGGUGAUGAUAUAACUUAUGGAUUGGAGAUGGAAAGAACUAAACUGAAACAAGAAUUGGAAGCUGAACGUACGCAAACUAAGAAGCUGGAGAAGGAUAUUAAAAAGCUGCAAGAGACUUUAGACUUUGAGAGGGGUCGACAAAAGCAAAUUGUAUUGCUGUUGAUUGCCGAACGUAAGAAGAUAUUAAUGAAGUAUACGGAAGAGGGUAAACGUUCGGAGGAUUUGGCUCAGAUAUUGAGUGAGGAGAAACAACGUUCGGAUUCGUUAGCUGAGGGGUUGGAGGAGGAGAGUAAGAAGUCAUUGCGCAUGGAAGCUGAAUUGGAGAAACAAACAAAAACAUUUGAAAACGAACGUAAAACGUUGAGGCUGGCACUCGCUAAGGAGGAAAAAAGAAUUAAAGAACUUGAAACGGAGGUGGCUCUUUUGAAGAGUGAAAAUGAUACGCUUAAGAAGACAAACAUUUUGCCGCAACGCAUCCAAGCUAUACAAAGUGUUCCUGUCCCAACGAUUCCUGUUAAAUCAAGGCCACUAGGAGAUGACUCUUGUGGAACUCCAUCAUCUCUUGUCAAUAUAGCAAAAGUAGUUCAACCAACGGCAACAGUAUCCAGUGUUCCAGUUUCUGGUCCAACAACUGGAAUUGCAAGAUCUAUAUCUUCUAGUCAGACUCUACGUGCGGCCAAUAUUAUUGUAAUUGAAGAUUCCACUUCUGGUUCUGCUUCUACGCAGUCACCAGUUAAGCAAGGAACAACGACAAAUGUCCUAGGAGUUUCACCAGCUGUCAGUCAUCGCACUCCUCUAGCAUCUGUCACUUCCUCUCCACAAUCUAUUCAGCAACAGCAGCAAUCACCGCAACUUCAACAACAAUUGCAAACCAUCACAUCACCUAUUCUUGCAGCAGCUAUGGCCAAUGCAACUUCUUGUUCGAUUCAAGCAACUACCCUACCAGGAGCUUCAUCAGCACCAGGACCACUAACUGGGCAAUCAGCAUCACAAAAUAUUGUUGCUGUUCCCAUAAAUAAUAUUAUAGCCAGCGUGACAGUAGCACCAUUACCAUCAUUAUCUACUAGUGCAAUAGUGGGAACAAGAGGUGUUCCACCACCUAUUCCGCCAAAUAAACCUGUUGUCCCACCAAAACGGGAACCAUCAAUAUCUCGAAUUGGUUCCUUGGCAGCUAAUAACAGUAAAUAAUUUUUUUUAAUUUAACUAAUAAAAACAAAACAUAACAACAUACUUAAGAAAAAAUUAAAUAGAACAAAAAAAAAGAGAAAACAAUGUAAACAUUUAAGUCAGAUUUUGCAUAUAUAAAGCUAUAUAUAAACAUGAUGAUAUAAAAUACUGAAAAAUAAAAUUUUAAACACACAAAUAUUGAUUCUUUUCGCGCUUUAAUGUAAGUUUUUUUUUCUCAUAAAUACAAAAAAAAAACAACAAAAACUAGUAGCUGGCUAAAAACCAUUUAAUCUCAAUGUUUCUUAUUUUAAUUUUUUUUUUGUUUUUGUUGCUAAAACUUAAAAACAGCAAGGCAAAGAACUAAUAACACGUGCCUAAAAUAAGUACUAAAUAAAUACAAACAAUUAAUUCAUGUGUAAGUCAUAAAUGCAAAUCUCACAAUUAUAUACAAAAAUUAAAGAAACAAUAAUAAAAUACAAGUUUAAACAAAAAGAAAAGUGCUUAAAAAAUCAAUUUUUAGCAAUAAAAACAAAAAAAAAAAUAUAAUUAAAAACAUGAAUAUAUGCAGUUGCUCUAGUCUUAAAUAAAGUUUGCAAUUGCUAUAAUUUUUUUAAAAUUUUAUUUCCUUAUUUUUUGCUUUUGCUUUUUUUUUUUUAUAAAUAUGAAGCUUCUAAAGCCAUCUAACUGUGUCGUCAGCUUGAGAUUUUUUUUUUUAUUUUUA